AAAGCAACACUGGGCAGUGGUUGGCGUCAAUUAUGGCGCUGAGCGGUAGCGUCAGCGGCAAAGCGCCGGCGCGGGAGCGGCAAAAAUGUUCCGUUCCUGGCGAUUACGUUGCCUCCAUGUGUGUGCGCGAUGCCGUGGAGCAGUCGAACGGAAAAUUCCCCAGUUUCCGCGAGCCUCGCGAGAUCGGCAACUUCUCGCUUCUUGGCGAGCAGCGCGAGUAUGUGGACGGUGCCGCGCAGAUGAAGUAUCUGCGAAUGCCGAAUCAACGGCAUCGACUCAUGUGGGACUUGAACCGCGGGUACGAAGUGGCAGUGCGCAGGGACCGCUCGUUGAACGAGAGACUGGACAACUUGCUUCGAUGGAUCCUCCGUAAUAAGGACAAGUUCCUGCUGAGCUCUGCUGCGCAGCCUUCCGGCGAGCCGCCUCCACCCUCCGAACCCCAAAGCCUACACACAGACUUUGUCUGCUACCGGGGCCUGCUGACGCGGCUGGCAUGCACGGCGUACGAGGCACGCGAGGAUUGGCUUCUGGCGGCGUGCCGUUUUCGAGGCAGCAUCUACCUGUGCGCCUUCGAGACAGAUUCAGAGCGCAAGCGGCGACUCGAGGAUGCAGCUGACCCUCGCCGCGACCGUAUGUCAUUCUGGGGCUACAAGUUCGAGCAGUGCAUGGUCAGUGCGGAGCCUGAGGGUGUGCCCGACGUGGACGCAGUCGUGAACGAGUGCGAGGAGUACUGCAUAGUAGUGCGAAGUCGGCUCGAGUCGCAUUCCCUCGUCUUCGGUGCCGAGGUGGAUGGUGUUGACCCUCGGGUGCACAGACAUGGUCGGCAGUCACAGCCAGGCUCUACGGGCAGCUACAUUGAGCUGAAGACCUCACGAGAUUGCCUCUCUGAGCAGCAGUACCGCAACUUCUGUCGGUUCAAGCUGCUCAAGUGGUGGGCGCAGUCCUUCCUGGUGGGGAUCCCACGAGUGUUGUGUGGCUUCCGUGACGACAAUGGUCUAGUAGGCACCCUCGAGGAGCUGGACGUCCGCGAGAUGACCCACAGGGCAAAGGGCGUGUGGUCUGGUGCGGUGUGCAUGAACUUCUGCAACCAGCUGCUGUCCUUCAUCAAAAAGCACGCCACACAGGACGAUCCAGAGGUGGUCUACCUCUUCCAGUACCUGCCCUCAUCUCAUGAGAUUGUCUGCACGCAUCUCGCCGAUCCCGGGGAGUUUGCUGUACUGCCCGACUGGUACCUGCAGGCAUUUGAUGCCACAUGAUGUGCGACUGCACCUUUCACGUGCUUGUUAUGACUGUGCUGACUGACGAGUUCCCGAACUGGGCAUUACGAUGUGUAUGAUGUCUUGUCGAAGUUCACGUCUCUACAGAGUGCUCGCUGGCCUUCCGAGAGGGUUGAACAUGCUGGCUGUUCGAGGCAGAUGUGGGUCGUGAGUGCGAUGUUGCCAGCACUAGUUCUGAAAUAGGCUGGCUGAGCUGGACACUGUCUGUAGAAUCCAGACGAUGUGACGAACAACAGAAAGCAGAAGACUGGGGGGCUUUAACGUACAGGACUUUGAUACUGGAAUGCAGGAAUACAUCCUGAAUGUUACUGGAAUAGGAGGGCCAGGCGUACAUCAAUUGUGCAGCUAAACUAGUGGCUGAUUUCUGCUCAGAUGUUGCACAUGGGUGGAAUUUUGCGGUGGAUUCAGUUUGAUAACAUGAUUACCUUUACUUGCCUGUUUCGUUCACAGUUAAGCUGAAGUGUCAUUACAGCCUUGUCACGAAAACUGAGUUUACUGCAACAAAACAGUGGGCCCGCUGUCCUUGAUUUUCUUCUCGACUAUUUAUGAGUUUGACUACCUUUGACAGGUUACCUUGAAAACUUGGCUACAUCUGUCACUUUUAUUUUCUAUUCAUUUUUCUGAGAGAAUUUAACUGCACUAGUAAAGUUUCAUUUGUUUUUGACUACAUGAAAUGCAGUGCUGCUCCAUUUCAAUGAUGUCACAAUUUGCAGCUUGUUUUAUAUCAGUUACUACAUUCCAGUAUUCAUAAAGUUUACCCACAAUAACCUAGAGGGAAAAGUGUUGCCCUUGUGUACGUGGGAGUGCUGGUAACUAAGGCCAGCUUCAGGUUUGGUAUCUUCCUUUGAAAGCCAGGGCACCAUGUCUGGCGACACUGGUCUCUGCUAGUACAGCAUAUAGUAAGAUGUCAUUUUUAUUAUAAUGUUAUACAAGAAUUUAUUAUUAAAGCUAAACACUGAAGCCUGAAUUGUACAUUUAGUUGGAAAUGCAGUAUGGUUGGUGACUUACUAUAUUUUGAAAGUGUUCUUUAAAUCUUAUAUACAUUAUCUGAGCAAACAUAAAUGAAACAUGCUACAAAAAAAAGAUGUGUUGUUUUGAAGAUUUAAUUCCGACAGGACUUCAUUUGCACAGCCAUUACCAUGUUUCAUGACAAGCUAUACUCAAAGACGACCUGAGUGUUCAGCAUACCCAUGAUGUUGCGGCUCCUUUUAACAAGCUCACAUAGACAGUAGUGCCAGGUUUCCCUCUAGGUGGUAUUGUGGGAAACCGCAUGCCACUAGUGAAUGGUGUAUCUUCUGCUUUAGUGCUCGUCGUCUGCUACCAUUGUCUGGCACUGGUUUUUGCCACAUUCAGACAGGCCGGUUUGCAGCACACAGAUUGUAUGAGCAUGCUCUCCGAGACAGGGCGGCCCACAAAUGGCCCUGUAUAUUGUAGGCCAUGGUGCAAGUGAAUGGGUGCUUCCUUUCACGAGAAAAAGGCGCUGAUCUCAAAAGGAAGGUGCUGUGUACCGUUGAAAACAGUGUUUUCUAGGUUGCCAGUGCGUACCACUGCUGAGGCACUUAACAUUUUGUAUCUGCAAAUUCUUUUUUUUUUUUAGAAGUGUUGCGGUAUUGUAAAUUGUUGAGGCACAAGGCAGUGUGCAUGUGAGAAGCAGCUCUUGCAAGAAGAACUGUAUUUAUCACUGUAUUUAACAGUGCCUGCUUGACUGUGGGAUUUUAUUAAACACACUGGGAGUGAAAGGAAAAAAAGGAUGAAAGAAAAGCCAUAACUGAAAUUGAAGUUUGCAAUUACCUGUGGGCAUAAUUUCAUUAUUUACUAAUUUAUAACAGUGUCAAGCUUAGAAAAAUAUUUCAGCAGUUAUUCCUAUGUUUGGUCUCCAUACAGUGGAAGUUGUAAAACGCCGUCUGAGGUGCCUCCUACUAAAAUAAUUUUUCAAAUCGGUUCAUUACUGGAGGAGAUAAAAGAAAUUAGCUUUCCUGUUACCAAUGCUGCCUGGAGGCAACUGUCACUGCCAAUGGAGACACUCUUCCCAUUUUUCCCGGCUAGUAUCCCACAUGCAGUGUUCCUUCGCUGCCUUCUCCCAUGCCGGAGCUGAGGGGCUGCAUCAUGCUCGGGCAUCGAGCCUUCCCCCUGCUGCUUGUCUUUUCUUUUUCUUUUCCUUUUCUGGUGUGACGUGCAUUUACAGUGGCUGCAUUGCAUCUCCCGCAUUGGAUGAUUAGCCAAAAUCACGUGUCAUGGUGAGACGCAGCUACUAACAGUGCAUUUUACGUCAUGGUGCUUGUGACCUCGAUUCUCGAGCUGGGAGUCCAGCGUCUUUGAGACAGAGGGUACACAGCGUUUGGUUUAAAACUUUAGCUGUUUUUGCGGCAGGCAGUGCUGUAAUGCUUUGGAGAUACAGUCGCCAGCAUGUAAUAUAUAGGCUGCGCUUGUCUGUUUAAAAUGGCCAAAGCUGCUUAGGGGCCCUUUAAGGUGAGCUGCUUGUAAUUUGGUGUCUCGCUGUAUAAGUUAGAAAGGCUUCUACGUGCUGAAACUUGGAAUUUGGAAGUUAAGAUAGUGUGAUACACACAGGACAGAACAAAGAGAACGAGACAUCCGAGUGCCAACUUGCAGCUGACAACCUGACGAAAACCCUCUGUGGACUGUGGUGGUAUGUGCAAGGCCAGCCACAGUCACUCCCAUCGCCGCGAAGGUACACAUGGGGAUGAAGCACUGCAUACAAAGCACAAAAUGAUGUAAACGAGCUAGGAAAAGUGGAAGGCAACCUCGAACAUCAACAGUAUGCAAAACACUGGGCACGUCGCGCAUGCCUGAAGAGCUGUAUCCGCAGCGUAAGGAAUUAUUCCUUUUUCUCUGAGUGAAAGAAAUGGCACGCUGACACAAGUGUCCACCCCCAACCCACCGCUGCUUCAAUGACCUUCCUUACUUAGCACGCUGAAGAAUGACCGUCUCUUUGACUUAUCAGGUCUUUUCUUUCUUUAGGUCAUUUUAUUCUUUGCAUGCAAUGUCUUUUCAUCGUGUGCACUUUUGUGGUGUUAGGAUUGGUUGUAGCUGUUCUUGGCGCAUGUGCCACAGUCUAAGGGGGUGGAGUGUUUUCAUCAGGUUGUCAGCUGAAAGUUAGCGCUGGUAUUUCUCGUUGUAUUCUUUGGGUCUUGCAUGUAUGGCUUUAGUUUAACUAUUUAAUGAUGUACAGUACCAACGGGCUGAAAUGUCUACACUUUUGAAUUCCAAUUCUGUCUACUUGAGGCUUUGCAGGAACUCGGCCCUCUUGCAAAUUCUGUCCCUCACACUUUUAUAGACAGUGGUCUCUGAUGUGCGCGGUGUAAGCUACACUCUGUAGAUGUGGGCACAGUCCUUGCCGGAUGGGCUGGCCAUGCUGCAGGAAGUGUUCGUUCUUCUAGGGGCUGUUUUCUGCAAGUGUUGUUUUGAUGCGAAAGCAUUAAAUGGCUCACGAGGCAGACAGUCCAGCGUUGGUGGUGUGACCGCAUCAUGGUACAAAAAGGCUACGAACCCUCCACCUUUGGUGGGAGUCGAAGCCACGACCUCCUUGCGUUGUGGCAUAAUGUCUAAGCACCGCAUGGUGGUCGCAAGCUUUCGCAUUCAUCCACGUAGGGAUAAUUAAGUGCGCCUUGAAUUUUUUUGCGUGUGCAAUGAAUAAAAUGUGACUUUUUUUCAUCGUCAGGUACAGUUUCGUGCCAAGACACAGCAUGAACUCUAUUUUAAGAGCUAGCAAAAAGGACAUGUAACGUAUGAAUACUCGUUGCCGGGCUAGUUGGUUCAUCUUAUUACGCAAUGUUAAGAGGCAACCGAAGGCGGAAAAGAAGUUCAAGACAGGAAAGAUGACAAUUGCAAGUGACGCUCUAGUCCUGAACAUUUUUUCCACGCUUGAAUGCGUCUUAAGAGUGCGUAUUAAAAAGCUAUGCUUUUGGUGCACUAUUCAAACCUAACCUGUGAAUAAUCAUUAACACCCUGCCACUGACAAGGCAGUAACAUGUACGCCGGUCCUGUGUGUGAUAAGCGAGCGGACUGCCUGCCAGUUGCCAUGUGGACAAGGAUAUUUCCUUUCAUUCUACUGGUAUGCUGCACUGCUUUUUCAUUGAGUGAUGCUGCGAUCAUCAGUCUGUUUAAGGGCAGUGCAGAGGGACAUUAUCUGGAAGUGCUUGCAACAGCAUUCAUUGCACUGGGUUCCACAGCUAAAGAGUACAUCUUGCAACAUGGUGGUGCGGGACAAGUCUGCUUGGGGCACUAAGAGAAAAUACGAAGUCAGACUAGAUUGAAAGAUCAGGCUUUGUAAUCUGUCUUUUGUAAUGCGAAAUAUGAAAGCAAUGUGAAAUCAAGGUGUUGCCACCUCUUGUGGAGUGUGGUCAUGCGACAUCAGCACUGGCCAAUUCAGAGAGUGUGGCAUAGAGGGAGGUCACGUGAAGAUUAUGUCAACUCGUCCUUUUUGGCACUGGCAGUUGAAAUUGAAGAGCAGCAGCAGGACCUUUGGCAUCCAUUCUUUACGAAACAGUGUCGUAUUAGGGCUAUUUCUUUUACCUACACUUGUACAGGCUUGUGCAGAUGAGUGUCGUUCUGGGCAGAGGCUUGAUGUCGUAUGCUCACUUCACUUUGCUGACUGGACUAUAGCCAAUCACAGCAGACUGUGCAUCGUCUUCUGUAUUAGCAGACAAAAAAGUGCCUGGCAUUCCACUUUGCCUGGCUUCGCACCCACCGGCUGCCUGUGCAGUGUGUUUCUACGAAGACCUUAACAAUAUUUAAAAAUAGCCAUUUUAACUAAAAGGCGGUCCCUUCGGGAAUGUGCCGUCAGCGGUGGCGACCACGGGGUGAUGGGUGGUAAUUAGUAUGUAAUUAAAAAAAAUUAAUAAUCAACUAUCUAACUUCUAAUUUCAGUGGGCUCAUCGUAAUUGGAAAAUUGAAGCAAACUUUCCAUACCAGCCAUGUCAAUGUUCUGAUCUGGAAAAAUGCGCUUACCCGUGGAACUGUAGCACGAUGAAUUUCGGUGAUCAGAGCGUGCGAAACCAAAAUUGGGAGGCUGCAGCGAAUGUAAAGCCACACCCUUCGAGGCAACAUUCUGCUUACGUCACCUUCGAGGGCGUGGCUUUGCGCUCGCCGCAGCCUUUCAGUUUUGGUUUCGUGUGCUCUGAUCGCCCAAAUUUAUCGUGCCACAGUUCCACGGGUAAGCGCAUUUUUCCAGAUCAGAACAUUGAUAUGGCUGGUAUGAAAAGUUUGCUUCAAUUUCCCAAUUACGACGAGAAUAAAGGAGUUUUGUUCAUUAGUGACUAAUUAUCACAUAUCACCUGUCACUCUGUGUGUGGCACUGACAACGGCAUUCUCUGAAGGAACCAUUCUUUUAUUUCAGAAUGGCUAUUUUGGAAUAUUACUUUGUCUUCAUGGAAACACCCUGCAUACAUAUGCCCUUGCCUGAGCAAUAAAGGCCGACAUACUAGUUUCCUUACACCAACAAAUGUAGACAAACUGCAGCCAAAUACAUCGCAAAUGCUCAGCGCACUAAGACGACCUCUCCAUGCAUAUAAUACAGCGUGUAGUCUGAAAGAGCUACGACUAAGAUAGCUUUUUCUUCUUGGGAGAUUAGAUCACCUUUCUCUGUGACACAUGGUCACUCCAGCAUUUCGCUGCUGUCCCUACAGUGAACCUUCACUCUCGUCACCACAUAUGUACAGACAGCACUGAGAGUUGCAGACAAAAUGGCACUUUGCGUUUGCUAAGCCAGCCUGUUUGUCUGUCGUCUGCUGCCUACACUCAAUAAACCUAGGGUGUAGAAAGUGUAGUUUUCGUACUACACUUCUGUUAUAAGAAAUGGCAUCGUGUAGGUGCACAGAGCAGCAUUUCUACAUCAAUUAAGAAAAAUGGUGACUUCCUACGGUAGCUACACUCAUGUAGCUAGUGUUGGUAAAAAAAAUAGCCCUAUUGUGACGUGGAAAACAAUCAUAGACUUCUAGACAAAUAAUCGAUCAAUCUAGCUCACUUAAUAUUUACCAGCGCGAGGAGUUUGCAAAGAUUAAGCACUACAACGAGAGAGUGUGAUGCAGGAAGUGUAUGACUCGUCGAAGCACACUGUGCUAUUAAGUUAGUCUCUAGAAAAUUUUUUGUAAAAAUAUUUAGCAACAACACAAGCCACUAUGGUGCGGCUGUAUUAUUUGACCAGCCUCAAGUGCACAACUUCUGGCAGCUCUGGAUUAGGUGGUGUGAUGGCGCUACAAAAUUUGCCUGCCUAAAAUGGCAGUUGCCUGACGGAGAUCACUGGUAGAGGGCUUCGUCCUGCAGUGGACGUGAAAAAGGCUGAUGUCAAUGAUAUGGCUAGGCAGGCACAAUUCGCUGGUGUCAGCUUCACAAGGACGUACUAAUUACUUGUUUAUUUCCAAUACAUCAGACCCCAAGCAGUAGCAUAUUAUUGUUUAAAUUUAAUCUGUUCAAACUGCUCAAUGGUAGAUAGGUAUGUUCCGUAACAGUUCACAUGCAAGCUUGAUUGCACCUAAAGUAAUGUAUGACAAGAACACAGAUGUGAAUGGAUGUAAUCCAGUCACAUUCGAAGCAACCUUGGUCAUUAGUGACAUCUGGCAGUGGGAUCUGUCUAUACACACAGCAGUGUGAAAAUGAAGCAUUGGCAAUUUUUGACUUCGCAUAUAUCAUAAACAUCUUCUCAAAUCUCAGCUGAACUCCUCUGUUCUAAGAAGCCAGAAGGCUUGAAGUAACCAUAAAGCAUCUACAAAUUUCUUUCAAAACAUAAUGGGCAAACAAGAUUGUUAGGUUUGUUUUAAUUAGCUGAAGUUUUGAACUGUGCUUGAAUUACCCAGAGUUCACUGCAUUAACAUAUUUUUUUUUUACCCUUUCUGGUCAGAAUUUAGUGGUUGAAAUAACAAAUGUAUAAUCUGUGCACUUAAAUAAGAAAAAAAACACAACUUCUUGAAAUUUCAAUUCAGUUUUUCAUUUUAUGUGACAGUGGUCUGUCUGAAAUUCAGUAUGCUGCAGGGGCCUUACGUUGCUUAAAAAUUCUGUAUUUAAAUUAGAAGUGAGUGAAAAAUUGACAAAUUAUUGAAAUAUUGUUUUCAUACCAUGCCAAGACAUUUUACACGCCGUAGGUGGCAGGUUCCAAAGAUGCAGAAUCUUUUAGAAGAGCUCUGUGAUCUAUCACUUCAUUUCCUUUGGGACUCCAAUAAGUGUUUUUAUCCCUUAAAUACUAUUCAAAAGAAAUUCAUAUUCAGCAGCUUCAAGUAGGGAAUUUUCGAAUCGGGUACAAUUCAACUGAACGUUUGCACACCCCUAGUUAUUAUAAAGGCUUAGAAAUCACUGUAGCCAAAAUAUGGGUCGAUGUGCUUAAAUGCUACUUGCUCAAGCGAAAGCAUAACCUGGACACUCAGCAGGUGAAGCUGCAUGGUGACAUAGUCUUGCUUUGCACAACUUUUGUACAAUUUAUCAGUUGACUGAUUUAAUUAAACACAAAUGGUUCA